UUGUCCCCGCAGCUGGCAAAGGACUUGCUGCACCCUUCCCCGGAGGAAGAGAAGAGGAAACACAAGAAGAAGCGGCUGGUGCAGAGCCCCAACUCCUACUUCAUGGACGUCAAGUGCCCGGGUUGUUACAAGAUCACUACGGUGUUUAGCCACGCUCAGACAGUGGUUUUGUGCGUGGGCUGCUCGACCGUGCUGUGCCAACCCACGGGGGGCAAGGCGAGGCUGACAGAAGGCUGCUCUUUCAGACGAAAGCAGCAUUAAGCGAAGGGUGCGGGGGUAUGGAUGUGACAACUCGCCCAGAGCGUGAGCAGGGGCUGCUGCCGCAGAACCCCGUCGCCAGGCCUGACCCAAGUGUGCUGGCAGGUGUGCGUCCGUGGAAUGCCGGCCACGAAUGUGACAUUCGUAUUGUUGCUACAGCCCCGCCCAUCUCGCUGUCAAUAAAUUUUGGAUAAAAUACAUACAAAUCA